AUGGUGGUGCAGUUGACUGGGUCUAAGGUUGACGUCGCUGGGCUCCCGCCGAUUGAGCAUGGUGAUGUGAUCUACCCGGACGCGGGUGCUGAUGGUGGGUUUGUCAAGGGGUUUCCGCUCUUGUGUUUGAUGGCUGGGAUCAUGGUGGCGCAGUUUCUGAUCUCGAUUGAUCGGACUAUUAUCUCGACUGCCAUCCCCUACAUCACGCACGAGUUCCAGUCCACCCCUCACAUCGGCUGGUACGGCUCGGCGUACCUACUGACCGCAUGCGCUUUCCAGCCCUUCUUUGGCCGCAUUUUCAUGCUCUUUUCCAUCAAGAAGGCCUACUUACUCGCCAUGUUCCUGUUCGAGGCCGGCUCACUGCUCUGCGGUGUGGCGCCUAACUCGAUCACUCUGAUCAUUGGCCGGGCCAUCGCAGGUCUGGGAAGCGCGGGUAUUCUGACUGGAAGCUUCGUCGUCGUUGGCACGGCCGUGCCGCUGCGGGCGCGCCCGAUGCUCAUGGCUAUUGUUGGGACCAUGUUCGGUGUUGGAGCCACGACUGGCCCUCUUCUUGGCGGUGUCUUCACCGAUCUUGUGUCCUGGCGGUGGUGCUUCUACGUCAACCUUCCUAUCGGGGUCGCGACAGUCUUGGCCAUGCUCCUAUACUUCCACCCCAAGAACAAAGACAAAGUAACCCAAGGCUUUUUCAAACGCGUCCUCGACCUGGACAUGGUGGGCAACAUGCUGCUCAUCAGCUCGGCCGUGAUGCUAUUCCUGGCCCUCGAGUCCACCACCCAAGGUGCCGCAUGGUCCAGCGCCAAGGUCAUCGGCCUCUUCGUCGGCGCCGGUGUUGUGGCCAUUCUCUUCACGGGCUGGCAGCGGUUCAAGGGCGAUGGCGCCCUAAUGCCGCCCCGCAUCGUCAUGCAGCGCACCGUCGCGGCCUCCUGCGGCAUGGCCUUCAUGAUCUACGCCGCCCUGAUCAACCUAACCUUCUUCCUCCCCGUCUGGUUCCAGGCCAUCCGCGGCGUGAGCGCCAUGCAAUCCGGCAUCAACAUGAUCCCCUACUUCGUCGUCAACGCCGUAUUCUCGCUAGCCGCUGCGAGUUUCGUUUCCAAGGUCGGCUACGUGACGCCCCCAGCCGUCAUCGGCAGCGCCAUCGGCACCGUCGGCCUGGGCCUGAUGACCCUGCUCCGCGUCGACACCACCACAGCGCAAUGGGCCGGCUUCCAAGUCCUCACGGCCGCCGGCUUCGGCAUCUCGAUCCAGCAGGGCUUCACGGCGGUGCAGACGGUGCUCGACCCGGGCGACAUCCCCAUCGCCAUCGCGGCCGUGGUCGCGGCCCAAUCGCUUGGUGGUGCCAUCUUCCUCUCGGUCGGAAACAGCGUGUUCCAGAAUCAGCUGCUGCACGCGACGGCUGCGCGCCUCUUGGACGAUAUCGACAUUAAGAAACUCAUCGAUGGUGGCGCUGCGUCGUUCCGCCACUUGGUACCAGCUGCCGACCUGCCCGAGAUGUUGGAGAUCUACAACAAGGCCCUGACCACCGUCUUUACCGUGUCCAUCCCGCUGGGUGGGCUGGCGACCCUCAUUUCAUGCUUCAUUCAAUGGCGGUCGGUCAAAUCGGAGAAGCCUGUCGACUCGGAGGAGAAGAUGGAGAUGGGCGAAGAGAUACAGCUGGAGGAAGUGAGAAGGGCAUAG